UCGGCUCAAAGACUCACACCGCCCCCCCCGGGCUGCGCCUUCCUGGCCACGCCUGGCGGGGUGGACGUUGCUCCCACCGCAGCUGCGAGAGGCAGGAUGCGAGGGAGUGAGUUUGGUGAAGUACUUAGCGUGCCUUGCGAGCCAGAACGCUGCUGCCAGAUGCGCUGGUCAGGCUGUGCUGUUCAGGCGAGGGAGUGGGCCCCAGUGGAGACCAGCAAAGAGAAGUACGUGUUUCUCGUCCGCCAUGCACAGAGCACUUGGAACCGAGAAGUAGACCUCAUGAAGUCGGUAAGGCACCGGAACUUCCCCGAGAUCUCGGUCAAGGACGUGCUCUCCGGCGUCUCCAGUGCCGCUCAUAUCGCCACCCGCGAGG